AUGGUGGAAACUAUCGAGAAGUGGGCUAACCAAUAUGGAACUGAGACAGGGUGCUUUGAAUUUUACAUGUUGGGCACAAGAUUGCUGGUGGUCUGCCGGGAAGAUCGUGCCAGAGAAAUCCUCGCGCUUAGGCCUUUCAAAGUCACUCGCAGUCCAGAGGUUCAAGAAGCAGUCUACAGCGUGGGCGGCAAAGGUGUCUUUGGUGCUGAAGGAGACCAAUGGAUACAGGAGAAAAAGCUGGUGUCCUCCAGUCUUAAUAAAAUCCACAUGCAGGACUAUGUGCCAGCCUUGAGAGAGUCUGCUAUUGCCCUGAUGCAGAAAUGGCGGGUUGACGCUAAGAAAAGGCCAGACAGUGUUGUUACAGUGAAACGAGAUAUGAGCCAUGCACUUGCUGACAGUGUUGCAAAACUGUUUAUGGGCCAUAAUAUGGAUUGUCUCAACAAUCAAAAGUCAGAUGUGGCUGCCAUGGUCUUUCAGCUCUUGAAGGCAGUAUUUCAACGAUUUGUCUCUCCGGUCAAAUACUGGCGUAUUCCUUUCAUUGGCCAAGAACUAGAUGGAUUUGGGCAGUAUCUCCGUAGGGGAAUGACAGUCAUUGAUCAAAUGAUAAUGGAGUUUGAAGAGGAGCGUGCUACCAACUCCAAGACCCAAUCAAAGACAUUUCUUUCUAAACUUUAUGAUGCCAUGGAAAAAGAAAAGUCAAAAUUGGACCAUGAGAGAAUUGUAGGAAACAUUGUCACCGCAUUUGCUGCAGGUAUUGACACUACCUCCUUGACAUUGCUAUCAGCUCUGUACAUUCUGGCAACCAACAAGGAAAUGCAGGCCGAAUUGAGAGAACACAUCACAGACUUUGAUUUGGAGGCAGCUAAAAUUGAUGACUUCUACUCCAAAGCACCUUUGCUCAAGUCCUUUCUCCAUGAAGUCCAUCGGUACCAUUGUAGUCCAAUCAUAGCACUUCAGCCUACACAAGACAUCCCAUUUUGUGGUACAACAUUGCCCAAGCUUGCUAGAAUCAUGAUCUUUCGAAGGUGCUAG